AACACAAUACAAGCAAUGACCUGCCAAGACUGGUGCCCACUCAAGUUGACUAAUCUGGCUAUUGGCUUGGGGUGGGGUCCCUUCUGUAGGGCUUUUGCAGGGGCCACCAUCCACGACUUCUUCAACUGGCUCUCCGUGCUGGUACUCCUGCCCUUGGAGGCCGUCACCCAUUACCUGGAGAUCCUGACCAAUCUGGUGGUGGACUCCUUCCACUUCCAGAAUGGAGAAGAUGCCCCAGCACUUCUGAAAGUUAUCACGGAUCCCUUAACGAAGCUAAUUAUCCAGCUGGAUACAAAAGUUAUCAACCAAAUUGCAAUGAAUGACGCAGCAUCCCAAAACAAGAGCCUGAUCAAGAUUUGGUGCAAAACUUUAACCAACGUGACUGAGAUGAAUGUCACCAUCCCCUCGACUGAGAACUGCACCUCCCCCUCCCUCUGUUGGACAGAUGGUCUCCACAUGUGGACCGUCAAGAACGUGACCCACCAGGAGAACAUUGCCAAAUGCCAACACAUCUUUGUGAACUCCAACCUCCUGGACCUUUUUGUUGGCAUCAUCCUGCUUAUAACCUCCCUGCUGAUGCUCUGUGGCUGUUUGGUCAUGAUUGUCAAGCUCCUGGGCUCCGUGCUCAAGGGGCAAGUAGCCGUUAUCAUCAAGAAGACCAUCAACACUGGUAGGUACACUGCCUCCCAUUCUGGGCUUUCUAGGGGAUGGCAUCACUGUUGCCACCUCAGGGAGGCUCCUUUUGAUUCUUGUCUAGCAGUGGCCUCUGCAUGGAAUUUCUCUC